ACAUCCCACAUCUACCGACGCGGUGCACGCGCUCUCUGUCUCUCUUCACCGUCAACAACGACAAAAACCUAAUUCCUCAUUACGCUAUCUCUUUCUGUUUCAGUUUCGGUUUCGGUUUCGGUUUCUCUUUCUCUCAUUUUCUUCUGUUACAGCUACAAGAAAGCCUCUCUUUACUUUCUGUAGGAAGCUUCUUGUUUUGAUUUUUAAUCGAAUUUUAAAUAAUUGUCUUUUAGAUUUUGUUAGCUUCCGAGCGGCAACCAUGCUGACCCAGAUGAAACGACAUCGCAUAGGCUAUGCUUUGGCCCCUAAGAAAGUGCAGAGCUUUAUCCAGCCUUCCCUCAUUAGCCAUGCGAAUAACCAUAACAUCGAUCUGAUCCCUAUUGAUCCUUCUCAAUCCCUAGUUGAACAAGGGCCAUUCGAUUGCAUCAUCCACAAAUUGUAUGGUCCAGAUUGGAAGUUGCAAUUAGAGCGAUUCUCUUUGGAAAACCCUAAUGUACCGAUUAUUGAUUCUCCUGAUUCAAUCGAGAGGCUACAUAAUCGGAUUUCUAUGCUUGAAGUGGUGAAUCGGUUAAACAUCCCUAGAAGAAGUCAAGUUUUGGAGGUGCCUAAACAGGUUGUUGUUUCGGAUUCAGAGAAUUUGAAGGGAAAUGGAUUAAUUGGGGAUUUAGGGUUUCCUUUGGUGGCAAAACCAUUAGUGGCUGACGGAAGUGCAAAAUCGCACAAAAUGUAUCAAAUUUUUGAUACUGAAGGAUUAAAGAGGCUAGAUGCACCCAUUAUCUUGCAGAAUUUUGUGAACCACGGUGGGGUUAUUUUCAAAGUCUAUGUGGCUGGUGACCAUGUGCAAUGUGUAAAGAGGAAAUCUUUGCCAGAUAUAUCACAGGAGAAAUUGGCCACUUUGAAGGGUGCUUUAUCAUUUUCCCAAAUAUCGAAUUUGACUGCUAGAGGGAAGAAUUCUGGCAAUAGUGGUGUAGUUGAUCUUGACGAAGUGGAAAUGCCUCCAAUAGGAUUUGUGGAAGAGAUAGCCAAGGCAAUGAGGGAGGAAACAGGGCUUAAUUUGUUCAAUUUUGAUGUUAUUAGGGAUGCUAAAGAUGGGAAUAGAUAUCUCGUCAUUGAUAUAAACUAUUUUCCAGGCUAUGCAAAGAUGCCAAACUAUGAGUCCAUUUUGACAGAUUUUUUCUUGGAUCUUGUGGGCAACAAGAACAGUAAAGAAGUGCUUGCUGGAAACAUUCAGGAGACACAGCAAGCAAGCAAUAUUGGUGUUCAGUAAGGAAACAAUGAUUGAGUUUGUUCGGCUAAUUGGGUUCGGAAGUUUGGAUGUCUCCUUGGUUGAAACGAUUCUGUCAUCUGCUGCCUUUGAAAAGCCUGCUUGGCAUUCGUGCUUAUUUUGUAUAUCCUGCCUAUCUGCCAAACAUAGGUACUUUUUAAAUACUUGCAGUUUCAGGAAGGCCAGAGUUUGAGGGGAAAAAUCUGUUGCCAUAGUUUUUCUAACCUUGUGGUUCUGUGGGGAAAUGUUGGAACUUUGAUGCAAAUUAUCAUUUCUUCCAUAUUUUCCAUUUUCCUUACUUUAGUUGUCAUCUAUUGACUUUUCCUUUGAAUAUCAAUCUUAACUGAUGCUGCUUGUUUGUUUUCUUAUUCUUUAAUCUCCUUGAAAUCAAUGAUGGAGAAAUGACCUUCUAGACAUUUUAUAGUUUAAUACUAGUCAGCUGAUUAGUUUUCCAGAAAUUAUUUUCGUAUGAUGAUCAAUUGUCCGAAUCAUUUGGUGGUUGAGAUUCUAGUUUAUGUAGUGGCUGCUUCCUGGUUUUCCUGACUUGUAACAUUAUUUAAAUUUGUGUCUCUUUUUGGCACUUGUAUUUGAAAUAAAAAUUCAGAAUCUGCAAUUCACGAUU